AUGCCAACGAUACGAAUGCUGUUAACCAUAGCUCUCAACCGAAAAUGGUCUAUCCAUCAACUCGACGUUUCAAACGCCUUUCUCCACAGCGACCUUCCUGAAGACGUCUACAUGCGUCAACCACCCGGCUUCGUCGACCCGAACAAACCUGACGCCGUUUGCAAGCUCCACAAAUCCUUAUACGGCCUCAAACAAGCACCUCGACAAUGGUUCAACAAGCUCACUACGUUCCUUCAAAAUCAAGGAUUCGGGUUUAGUCGUUCCGACCCUUCACUCCUUAUCUUUCAUAAAAAUCAUACCCAAAUUUACUUUCUCAUAUAUGUCGAUGACUUUCUUGUAAUAGGAAACGACAAUUCCGCGAUCAAACAUCUUCUCGGACAGCUUCAAUCUCAGUUCGCACUCAAACAACUGGGGCAGAUCUCGCUCUUCUUGGGAAUCCAAGUACUUCAAUCCUCAAACGGCUAUUUCCUUACUCAACAACAUUACGCUUCAAAAAUACUCCACGACGCAGGAUACGAUGAAUGCAAACCGGCACCAACGCCGGUUGCACCUACCCCCAAGCCAGCGCAGUCGACUAGCUCUCUGUUUCCUGAUCCAACAUUAUACCGCAAGUUGGCUGGCUCCCUCCAAUAUCUAUCAAUAACAAGACUGGACAUUGCAUUUGCCACCAACAUGGUUUGUCAACAAAUGCAAGCCCCGACCGAACAGGAUUUCAAGGCUCUCAAACGACUACUACGCUACAUCACAGGCACCAUUACUUACGGUCUUCCUAUCACCAACGGAUCACUUGAGCUGCGGACAUACACGGACGCGGAUUGGGCUGCCGAUGCGUCCGACCGGAAGUCAAUCUCUGGCUACUGCACUUUCUUAGGCUCAAAUCUCAUCUCCUGGACCGUCAAGAAACAAGCCACCAUUGCCAAGUCUUCAACAGAGGCCGAAUAUCGCUCCCUCUCAGCAGCUAUUUCUGACGUGAUAUGGUUACGUCGACUCGUCGAGGAGCUUCAAAUACCGCAACAAACACCCACCACCAUUCAUUGCGAUAACACCUCCGCCAUCGCAAUCGCAAAGAAUCUAGUAUUUCACGCCCGCACGAAACAUAUAGAGAUUGACUACCAUUUCAUACGCCAACACAUCAGCUCCAACACCAUUCGACUCCUCCACAUCUCCUCAAAUGAUCAGAUCGCCGACAUCUUCACCAAACCACUCUCCAUCUCUCGGUUCAAUGCUCUACGAGACAAAUUAAACAUUCGACCUUCGAAUGCUUAA